AAACAAGAGCAUAAGGGUCCAUCUUUUUUCCAUGCAACAAAAAACGUAGCCAUUUGCCAAGGUAUUUGAUUCGAACUCCUCCUCCUCUCUUCUUCUUAUUCUUUGUCUCAACUACAGUAAUGGCAGGAAACGGCAUAAAAAAACUUCGAAAACUGCCUCACGUAUUUGGCAAGGUUCUUGAAUUGCCGUUCCGGUCCGAUGCGGAUGUGGAGGUGGAAGAAAACCCGGAAUUCUUCCGUUUCGUGACCGAAAUCGGCGUGCACGGUGAUGUCAACAGCGCCAUUGACGUUGGUAAUGUGAGGGCUGAGGCAGUGGAGAUACAUCCUGGAGUGACGAAGAUUGUGGUGAGAAAUGGAGACAAAGGUGGCAAAGCGGAGUUGUUGUUGGAACAACUGAAGGUGGACACGUGGAGGUUUAGGUUGCCUGCGUCGGCGAAGCCGGAGCUGGCUACGGCGGUGUUUGUGGACGGAGAGUUAGUCGUGACGGUACCAAAGGGUGGUAAUGGCCGUGGAGUUUACGGCGGAAGGGACAAUGUUUUGGUACGCAGGCUUGUUGUUGUGUAGUAGUGAGAGCAAAGUCCUCCGUCCGUUCCAUUUUUGUACUAUGUAUUUUAGUUUAACUAUACACGAAAUUCAAGGGCUUCAAGUAAGCGUAAAGUUACUUUCGUGUGAUUUAUAGGUUAUAAGUCGAUCCGUAGCAUUAGCCAUUAAUGACUGUCAACGUCACACCCUUAAGAUAUACGUAGCUAUUUAGCUAACCCUAUAUAAAUAUGAAAUACUUUAUUUACGGGCUGUCGAUAUAGACGAAAUUUAAGAAUGUACGAAAACUUUUCUCGAUGUUGUGUGAUAUAUUGACUACGUGAUUGAAAUUUUGCAA